CAAGCGAAACUCAAGACAAGCAGAAUACGAAAUUCACCAUGCCGGGUGUCAAACGUCAGAGAGCAGAAGAGGAUGGCGCGAAGGCCAAUGGCUCUAAAAAGGUCAAAUCGCUACCUGAAUCCGCGACUAAGGCAGACAAGAAGUUUGCGGUGAAGCUGGCCAGGAAGGAGAAGAAGUCUGCAAAGGCCUCUUCAGGUGCUCAAAAACAAAAACCGAAAGCGAAUGGGUCCAAGGCGAGGGUCGAAGAAGCCGAAUCGGAGGCCGGGAGUGACUCGGACGAACGCGGCGAGAAUGAUUUCCACUGCUUCUCAGCCAGCGAUGGCCAAAUGGACGCCGACGAAGAUGGGGAGAGUGAUGCGGGCAGCAUGCACCGAAACGAAAAGCCGAAGAGAGUCAUAAAAAGCGACGCGGGAAAUGUGCCGUCCGGAGUGCCUAAGUUGAAGGGAAGUACGGACGGCGUGAACGUCACGAAGUCCCGGGAGUCCCACGUGAAGCAGAAAGAGUUGGCGCGUGAAAGGAAAGCGUCAAAGCCGUACGCGGACGAGAUUCAACGUGCGAAGAAGCUGUGGGAGCGGCUGCGCAUCAAGUCCAAAGUGGCGGCCGACGAACGAGUCAAGUUGGUGGCCGAACUGUUCGACAUCGUGCUAGGCCACGUGCACGAUUUCGUCUUCAAACACGACAGCGUGCGUCCUAUCCAGGCGGCCAUCAAAUACGGCACACCGGAGCAGAGGCGGAUCGUGGCGAGAGAGCUGAAAGGCAGCUACAAAGAACUCAUCGAGGGAAGGUACUCGCGUCAUCUGGUCGCCAAGCUUCUCGAGAAAGGCGACGACGAGAUCCGCGACAUGAUCAUCCCAGAGUUUUAUGGCUCAGUCAAGAGGCUCAUCAACCAGCCCGAAGCAAGCUGGAUGCUUGAUGACAUUUAUCGUGUCAAGGCUACCAAAGCGCAGCGAGACAUUAUGCUCAGAGAGUGGUACGGUGCGGAAUUUGCUAUCACAAAGGGCAAGGACGAGAACAUCACGGCCGACCUCUCAAAGAUCCUGAAAGAGAGUCCCGAGAAGCGAAAACCAAUCCUUGACUACCUCCACCAACUGAUCAAUCAACUUAUUCAGAAGAAGCUCACAGGUUUCACUAUGCUUCACGAUGCUAUGCUGCAAUACUUCUUGCAACUGGAGCCUGGAUCCUCUGACUUUAACGACUGCAUGCGUCUUAUAAUCGGAGACAAAAAGGAGGAGGAAGAAGACCUUCUGAAAAAUUUGGCAUUUACCAAGUCCGGUGCCGAGCUGGUAUGUCUUGUUUUAGCACAUGGCACAGCAAAAGAUCGUAAAUUGGUGCUGCGAUCGUACAAGGACGCCAUAGAACUUGUCGCAAGAGACCAACACGGCUGGCAAGUACUCGUUACGGCCUACGAAGUAGUUGACGACACCAGGGAAACCAUGCAAAGAAUCUUCUCAGAACUUGUGAGUUACGGAAAGACAGAGGAGAAGCACGCUUUGCAACAGGAGAAGAUACUGGGCCUAUCAACCCACCUCAUUGGCAGGGUGGCUUUGCUGUUUCCGUUUGUCGGACCUGAGAAAUGGCUCUUACCAAAGCAGGAGCAGCAAGACUUUAUCAAAAAAAUACGAGAACUGCGUAAGACGACCAGUAAGAAGGAUCCUGAGACCCGACGCAUGGAGCUUGUGACUCCUCUCAGCCCGUCAUAUAUUGCCACCGUGGCUGCGAAUGCCUCAACCUUGAUCAAGGACUCGUACGGAUGUCAAUUCAUCGCUAGCGUCAUGCUAUCGGCCCAGGGCGACAAGAGUGCCGCCGUGGAAGCGAUUGUAGACCAAGUGAGCGGAGAUCCUACUGAAGAAGACCAUCCAGCACAGUUGGCCCACGCAGGAAGAUUGCUUCGGUCACUGGUCAAUGGCGGGCACUACGAUCCAAAGCAAAAGCAAGUUGUCGUCACUGCCCCGGACUUGAAGUUCGCAGAUGCACUUUACGGUCGAAUCAAGGAGCAUGCACUUGCGUGGGCAACGAGCGACAGCUCGUUUGUUGUCGUGGCCCUCAUGGAGGCAAAGGAGUUCGAGAACAAGGACGAGUUACGGAAGAAACUGAAGAAGAGUAAAUCGAAAUUGGAAACGGCUGCGACGGGUGAGACGGGAAACGCAAAAGGGAAUGCCGGAGCUAAAAUACUACUUGGACUGCUGGACACCUAGGUGAAAUUUCGCAUGUAGUGAAGCCGAAAUUUGCUGUACACCCUUCUUUGUCCCUUUUUUUAUUUUACUUUCCUGCAGCCCAAUGACAGGUCGAGCAUCAAUUGAAC